UUUCUCGAAAAUAAAAAAGAAAAAGGUAAAGUAAUUACACUAAAUAAUAUUUACAAAAUCAUACACUCAUUAUAACUUUUAAAUAAGAAAGGUAAUUUGAUUUUUAGUUCAGCAUGAUAUUAAGCUUUUUAUGAUGAAUUUUUUUAAGUCUUGAACUAGAGCAUAAAAAUAACUCUCGACCAUGACAUCUGCUGAAGCAUCAAAUUUAGACUCAAAAAACUUACAGGAUGUUUCAUCUCUUUUAAAAAUAAAAUCAAAAACUUUUUUGGGAUAUAACUUUAUUACUAUACUAGUUCUUUCUGCUUGUAUAGGUAGCUUCCUAUUUGGAUACAAUGUUUCCCUGUUAAAUACAUUAUAUAGUACCAUUGAAUGGGAGUUUGGCUGGUAUUCAGAUGAAAAUCUUUCAAAGACGUAUAAUACAUGGCUAAAUACAGUAGUGUUUGUAGGAGCCUUUUUAGGUUCAAUGACGUCUGGUUCUUUAGUGUCCAGUGGGCGUCGUCGACUUUUAAUAUCAGUAAUGUGUAUAUUUCUUCUAGGGAGUAUAAAUUUAGCAGUAUCAAAUUCUUUUAGUAGCUGUUUAUGGGCACGUUUGGUUAGUGGUUUCGGGGUUGGACUUGUUUCGGUUGCUGUGCCAACAUAUGUAUCUGAAAUGACGCCAGCUAGUGUAAGAGGAAAAUUAGGCGUAUUUCAUCAACUUUUUGUGACUGUCGGUAUCUUUGUUGGAGUUGUCUUGGGAGUUUUUCUUGAAAGUAUUCCCGAAGCACCUUCGAACAGCAUUCCAAGAUAUUUCGAUAGGUUUUGGUGGAGAUUUAUGGUGCUUUUUCAAUUAAUUCCUAUAUUUCUUGCUUUGUAUCUUUUUAUUUAUAUGUUUCCUUUCGAAACUCCCAAUUUUUAUAUUGAAACCGAUAAACCUCAAGAAGCACAUCGGCUUUUACGUUUGUUAAAUCAAAAGGAUGAUGUGGAAAAAGAUAUGGAAAUGUUGUUUCUUGCAAAGAAAGAUCGAGAUGUAGCGCAACAAAAAGGGUUGACGUUAAAAAAAGUGUUUCAAAAUCCAGUCUAUCGUCGCGUAAUUCUUAUUGGAUGCGUUUUAUCUGCGUUUCAACAAUUAACAGGAAUAAAUGUUUUUGUUUCUCGUAGUAAUCAAAUGUUUACUAACGCAGGAGUUGAUAAAAAUUGGGUGACAUGGUGUACAAUCUUGAUGUCAUUAGUUAAUACUGUCAUGACCUUCCCAUCCAUGUGGUUGAUUGAAUAUUUAGGGCGUCGAUCAUUAUUACUAUGGGGAUCUGUUGGUAUGCUGGCAUCUGUUGCACCCGUAGGUGUUUUGUUAACAGUAUUGAAAACCUCUGAUGCAACAAAAAUUAUUUCAGUUGUAGGAACUGUUAGCUUUAUUAUGUUUUUUGCUGGAUCCUACGGACCGGUUUUAUGGGUUUAUUUAUUUGAAAUGUUUCCAAUGGAAAUAAAAAAACACGCAAGUGGCUAUGCCACUGCCGUAAAUUGGCUGUGUACUAUUAUCGUUGUCUUCUUUUCGGGCAUGAUAGAUGAUAAUACAUCCUUUUUAUUUUUUAGCGUUUGUUGUGGUAUUGCUAUAUGCUUUAUUUCAAUUUUUGUUCUUGAAACAAAAGGACGAAACUUACAGGAUUCACCAUAUAUGCUAGAUAAGGAGGGUAACACUUUGCGUAUGAGCAGUAAAGUAGAUUUACUCUAAAAUGGAGUAUAAAAAUUUCGGCGGUGUUUUGAGGGGCUUUAUGAAACAUGUCAAAAGCUUUAAAUCAUUCUAGUUUCUGUUGACUCUCUUCGUUAUACGCCAACACAACCGUUUUUUCAUCAUCAAAUGAAUUUUUCAAUUAUGAAAUCUUAUUGCUUGAUCAAUAGAUAUUUUUAGAACUUCCGUACUCCGUUGGGUUUAUGCUACCAAUUGUUGCAGCUAUCAUAGAAUGCGGUGUUAAGAACAAGCUACAUUUUGAUUUUAUUUCUUUUUUAAGAAGUCAAGAAUGCAUGGUGUAAUACGUGACUCUUAGUAAUUAUUGUUUUAUAUUCAAUUUUUCACUUUUUCUAUCAAAAAAAAAAUAUAUCCGUUGUGCAUUAAUGAUAUUUUAUAAUAAAAAAAACCUCAUUAUUCAUCCUCUAUUUUGCUUAUAUAUACUUUAAUAAAUUUGAAAAUCUAGUAACAUAGGAAAGGUCACUAAGCUACUGCAAAUAUUGAAAAUUUAAGUUGGCUUCCAUAUUUGUUAUUCUUAUAGUAAGGUUAAUACUUUGAAGAAAAAAAAAAAAAAAAUUUGAUGCCAUUUGAAUCCAUUGGUACGUCAUAGCAAGGUACACAAUGUGAA